GCACCAUAACGUUGGAUGCCAACCCUCCGAUAAACCCUAUUGAAGAAGAAGAAGCAACGGAUGGUUUAGUUAUACAAAUCUUUGGCAACACUGCCAGAAGCAGAGACUGAUCUGAGGGGAACUAGCUAGCUACCAUUCUAGCUAAUUUAGGCUAUUUCCAAAAAAAGUAAAUAGCUAUGAAAACUCUGUGGUAACGUUAUUUAAUUGAUCACAAUCGAGACUGUCACCAAAUAAUCAAAUUGGUCGUGAGAUGGAGGUGAUGGAGGUGGACUUGCAGCUGGGGGGCCCCAGUAGGGAACCAGAGCCAGAUGAUGUGGCAGACCAGGUACAUCUCCCUAUCGUCAUCCCUGACUCUGGCAGUGAAACAGAGGUAGAGGAUGAGGCAGACGCAGCUCCCCGUGACCCACCACGGCUCCCGAACACCUGGGCGUUCAGUCAGAACAGAGUCAGAGUGGAGGGUCAAGUUGGACCCAGGAUCAGAAUGGAGGGUCAUAUUGGGCGCAGGGUCACCACAGCAGCCACCCAGAGGCAGCGGAGAGCCAGGCCAGGCGUCAGGGUGCACUACUCCACCCAGACCGCUGCUCGUGCUAGCAGCUUCCUGGAUUUCCUGCUGCGAGUCCCUGCAGCCAACCAAGCCGAGGGCGACUCUGGGAGUACGACGGAGGUGAGCGAGUCAGAGGAUGAGGCAGAGGCCCCAGGGCUAGCAGCAGACCCUCCCAACCCUGCCGUUCCCUCCAGCCCUCGUCCAAACCCUCCAGUUACAGUCACGCCACCCCAAGGCCUUUAUUCUUCAGAUUCUAAUGCAACCACAGAGGCUGCGAGAACAGAGACUGGAAAUCAAGUUAAUCCUGAGGGCGUAUCAGCCCCACUAGCCUCCAGUGCUCCGGCCCUUCGAUCAUCCCAGGGGGAUGAGGCAGAGGGGGAAGGGGAGACCUGCUCCAUCUGCUUUGAGCCCUGGACCACGUCAGGGGAGCAUCGCCUGGCCACCCUGCGCUGCGGACAUCUCUUUGGCUACACCUGCAUCGACCGCUGGGUGAAGGGCCAAGGCCAUGGAGCCAAGUGUCCCCAGUGCAACAAGAAGGCCAAGCGCUCCGAUAUCGUCCUCCUGUACGCGCGCAAGCUGAGGGCUCUGGACAACACCGAGCAGGAGAGUAUGAAGAGGUCACUGGAGCAAGAGCAUUCACUGCGUAGGAAGGCUGAACUGGAGUCAGCGCAGUGCCGGCUACAACUGCAGGUGAUGACCGACGAAUGUGGGAAACUGCUCAAGCAGCUACAGGAGCUGAAGACGCUGAUGGCCCAGCCUGGCUGUGGGCCCUCUCAGAGCUCAGGGGCCUCUCUCUCUGGGCACUCUCGGAGACAAGACAGCACCCAGGGGGGCCACUACGUCUUCUCCAAGGCCGUGCUGGUGUCCCAGGCGGGGGGCUGCAGGGUGCUAUCCUACUGUGAACCCCUCAGCUGCCUGCUGGCCUCUCAGCCCUCCCCACAUACCCCCCUGGUGCCCGGCUGCGGGGUGAAGAAGGUGAGCACGAUGAAUCUGAAGGCCUGCCAGUACAUUCCUAUCCAUGUCAAACAGAUCAGAGGCCUGGCCUUCAACAGACAGGCCGACAGCCUCCUGCUCUCUGCUGCCCUGGACAACACCAUCAAACUCACCAGUCUAAUGACCAACACGGUGGUGCAGACCUACAACACAGGUAAACCAGUGUGGAGCUGCUGCUGGUGCCUGGACAAUAACAACUAUGUGUACGCUGGUCUCAGUAACGGCUCUGUGCUGGUGUAUGACACCAGGGACACCAGCACGCACGUCCAGGAGCUACAGCCGUUACGUUCCAGGUGUCCCGUGGCAUCCCUGUCCUAUGUGCCUCGCACCGCUUCCAGCUCGUUCCCAUGUGGUGGCCUCAUCUCAGGCUCUCUGGAGGGGGGCUGCUUCUGGGAGCAAGUAGACGGGACCACCUAUAGACCCCACAUGUUGCCCCUGGAGACGGGAUGCUGCACAGACAUCCAGGUGCAGCCAGAGAGCAGACACUGUUUGGUCACCUACAGACCAGGGCGCUCCAAACCAUCGCUGCGCUGUGUUCUGAUGGAGCUGAACAGGACCCCCCAGCAGGACGCGGCUCAGGAGCCCUCGUAUUCCUGCAACCCAGUCCAGACAUUCAGCGCCGGCUCCUCCUGCAAGCUGCUCACCAAGAAUGCCGUGUUCAGAAGCCCGGCCGGGGAGGGCUCCACUCUGGUGUGUGCCGGGGACGAGGCCACCAACUCCACCAUGGUGUGGGAUGCUGGGAGUGGAUCCCUGAUUCAGAAGUUGUCUGCUGACCUCCCUGUGUUGGACAUCUGCCCUUUUGAGGUGAACCAGGGCAGUUACUUGGCCUCUCUCACUGAGAAGAUGCUCAAAAUCUACAAGUGGGAAUGAGGAGUUAUGGAGGACACCACACACACCACCAGCAUAGAACAUGUAUGAGCAGCGUGCUGCUGCACUGUAUAAAUGGCAUCCAUUUAAUACAGCCUUUUCUUACCCAAAGUGACUACAGAUUAGCCUUUAUUGGGUUUGCAUUGCAGUGGAGGUACUGGAGAGCCAUCACACUGCUGCAGUGUUAUGAAGGAACUGAUAACUGGAGUGCCUGUUCAGAUACACCACUGCCCAAAAUGUUUACAUUAAGAAUCACAGAAAACAUCCUAUAAUUUUUAUUUAUUUUGCCCUCUCUUUUUUUAUGCAUGUGACGGUCAAUUGGUGUUGUCAGUUAUUCAUGCUGCCGAUGUUUUAAUUUUUCAACGUUGUGUUUAAUCUCUGAUGUUAGAGUCAGAUCCAUGGAUGAAAAUCAGGACAUCAAUAGCUAACAAGUGUUACAUUUCCUGGAUUCAGAUUAGCGCAACUGAUCAGCAAGCUGUAUAAAAAAAAUCAUUCUGAAUGGGUUUGUUUUUUUGUUUCCUUAUUUUAGUUUGAGGAAAUUGUAUAUACAUGUAUAUUUUAUACCAAAUGUUUGUGUACAAUUUGUAAUGUAAUAAAAUAUUAAUCAUU